CCCGAACCCUUUUAAUAAAUACAAGCACGGAAGGGGAUGAUACUGCAACACAAGCCAGCUUGAACAACAGUGGAAGGGCGGAACCAUGGCCUCUCGUGGGAAAUCGGAAACCGGUAAAUUGAAACAAAACAUGGAGGAGCAGCUUGACAGAUUAAUGCAGCAGCUCCAAGAUCUGGAAGAGUGCAGAGAGGAGCUGGAGGAGGACGAGUAUGAGGAGACCAAGCGCGAGACCCUGGAGCAGCUUAACGAGUUCAAUGAGUCCCUAAAGAAGAUCAUGUCCGGGAACAUGACGCUGGUGGACGAGCUUGGAGGGAUGCAGCUGGCCAUUCAAGCUGCCAUUAGCCAGGCCUUCAAGACCCCGGAGGUGAUCCGGCUCUUUGCAAAGAAGCAGCCAGGGCAGCUGAGAACCAGGCUGGCUGAGAUGGACCGUGAUGUCAUAGUGGGGAAGCUCCAGCGGGAUGUUUACACCCAGCAGAAGGUCGAAAUCCUCAGUGCCCUGAGGAAGCUGGGCGAGAAGCUCACAGCGGAGGAUGAGGCGUUUCUCACAACCAAUGCCAGUGCCACUCUUAGCCAGUUUGAGAAAGUCACUGCAAACCUCGGUUCAGAGGACAAGAUUCUGGCCUUGGCUUGUACUGGUGUGGAGAAAACCAAGACAUAAAGAGCUGAACCUUGACUCCGUUCCCAAGAUCGGCCCCAUAACUGUGUAGUGCUGCGGCUGAUUUGUGCUGUCUUAUGUGAGGGGAGAGAGUAUUGGCCUUACUUUGGUCAUAUAAUUUCACAAUGUACUCAUGUCAGCCGUCAGACAAAGCAAUCGUUUAGCAGAUAAAUGUUUACAUAUGUGAUUUUUAAAUAACGCCUUUAUUAUACAAUUUUUACAUAAACAGAGAUAAUCCUAACAUUUCCACCCUCAUGAGGUAGCAGUUAUUUACAAGCUUGCUAUUAUCUGGGAAAUUAUUUAACAAGUAAAUGUGGUACUGCUGUGGCUCUCUAUUCUGUAGCAUUCCUGUUCGGUGAAACUGCUGUCAUCUGCACCUGAAUGAGAACUGACCCUCACUUGAUAACAUAGACAACACUGAAAAGUAGGAUGUAAGAAGUGGUUGUAAUUUGUGUGAGGUUGAAAGUAAAUGAGGAAUAUGACAGGAUUGCUCAUGAAGACGUCCUUACUGUGGUGAAUAGUUGCUCUCAUCCAGCUGAAUGAGACACAAAGUCCCAACAUCCAGCUCUUUCAAAUGGAGCAUGACGCCAUCCCGGGAUAAGCUAGCUCAAGUGUUGCUAUGGCAACAUUGGGGGGUCAGCCUUGCCAUGAGGCAAGUGAUUAUCACCACCUCUUAAUGUGAUGUUGGGCUUCAGCAUCCUUAUCACUGUAGAUGAGCCUGAUCUAGCCUUUUUUUUUUAAAUGAGAUUGCAGUUCUUUGCAGCAAAAAAAAAAAAAAAAUUUUGUAGGGUUAUGCAAUAUGGUAUGCUUUCCCAUGGAAAAUGUUGUUCUCAUUUAACCCAUUGUGAUGCAUUUUAAGCAAAAAGCUUUCCUUGAUAAAAUACUUUUUGCUAUUUCAUUAAAUUAGUGUGAUUUGUGUAAUUUUGAAACAGGGUUUAUCGCUGGCUUUUUUUUUUCCUCCAAAAGCGUAACUGGUUUUCUUGCAUGAUAUGGAGUAAAAA